AUUAUCAAAAAUAGAAAAUCCAAGAAAAAUAAAAAACAAAAAAUUGAAAGAUAGCCGAAAAUAGGAAAAUAAUUACUCUGUAAAAUGGGGUAUGGAAAUAAGAGAGAACAGUAGAUUAAAAUGGAUAGUAAGACCUAAUAAAGAUGAAGAAAAGGAUAACCUUAUAGUCAUAAAUAUAGAAGAUGAUGAUAUAAGAAAUGUAAGGGGGAUGGCUACAAACGAGCUUGUAGAUGAAAAGAAAAAUUAGUCAAAGAUCGAAUGAAAAGAAUUAGAAGGGGAAAAACAAUAGACCAUUGAGUAAAACUAAUCAAAUAAAAUUCAUCGAAGAUGAAAAGACUCCUAAUAAAACUAUAAUUUCUUUCAUCGAUUUUCAUAAACAUGAGAACUCUGUCUCCAAGUUGCACAAUGAAAUUUGGCUUUUCGCUGCCGCCAGUCAAAAAUAUGAAAGGUACUGACUGAUUAGGUUUGAUUGACGGCAGCAAAAAAACAAAUUUCAUCGUGCAGCUCGCGAACACAGAGUUCGCAUGUUUAUCAAGAUUGCAGUAACAAUAUUUCAUGCUUCAGGAAGUGAAUGGACUUUAUUCAUUUGAAAGGAAGGUUUUACAUUUCCACAAAAUAAUAAAAAAUAUUUACAUUUGAAGUUAACAUUGACCAAGCGAUUAUGAAAAACGGAGAUCCAAAGAUUAAUAUUUUGAAAACGGCGCCACAAGGGAGGCAAACAUUAAGAUUAAUUUGACAAAUACUGGUACGAAAAGGACUGUUUAAACAGGCAGUCCACUAAGUACUGUUAAAGUAAAUAAACGCGCUGUACUUGGGGACAAAGGAAGUUGGGAAUUGAAAAAUAAAAAUAAAACGAAUAUAUAGAAAAUAGGUCUUUUGUUAUGAAUUUCCGAGAGAUGGCUCCAUCUUCCACUCAAACGACUCCAUCAAAAAACCAUUAGCUUUUCUUACUUUUUACUUUAGAAAGGCUUCCUUCCGUUAUAUAUUUCGUAAUCUUUCAAUAGCGGUUGAAAGACGAAAUUGACGUUCUCCCUUUUAAUUUUUUUUUUUGUUUAUAUUCAAGUCACAUUCAAUGGGAUUAAGAACAUUACUUGCUAGUGUGCUUCCGGUCACAUAUAUAAAAAGAAAUGUUACAAAUUUGUACUUCAAGAGUAGUUCAUAUUGAGCUUGGAAUCAGAUAUUGCUGGGCUCGCUUAAGUGACGCUGUCUUGUCUCUUCGUGGAUCAAUACUCGACGCAUCCUUUUUUUUAAUAGAAAAAGAGAAGAAAAAUCUGAAAAAAUAGGAAAGAUUCUCAAAUCGCUACAGACCAACACGCAGCGAUUUUGCGAUUACCGCAUUUAUUUUCUUUCUGACAAGUACAGAUUCGACUUUUCAUUGUCAAUAUCGAGAGCACUCUUAUUUGAAAAAUCAGACAACCAAGCGGGUUCUAAUUUCACAACUACCUCGAGCCUCACAACUCUUUUUAUCAAUUCCACCUCCACUAUGAUUCACACGACCUUGUCAACGCUGAUUACCACCACAUUUCAACCAACAACCAACGAAACGUUUAGCCAAGCCAACGACACUGGAAGAGGACCCUCGUGUAGAACAACUCCUUUAGAUGCAGAGCGUGUUUUUCUGAUCUUCUGCUAUAUCGUAAUCUUCGUGGUCACUAUAGCUGGGAAUGGGAUCAUUAUCUAUGUAGUCAACUGCUAUAGAAACAUCAAGACAGCGUUUAACCUGCUUAUCGUCAACAUGGCGGUAGCCGAUAUUCUAGACGCAGUAGCAGCAUCACCUACAAGUAUUUCUUUUUUUAUAGUCGGACGAAGGUUCCCAAGUGGAGCGAUAGGAGAAAUCAUCUGUAAGCUACAGAUGUUCAUUCAAGAUGUUUCGAUUUCGGCGUCUGUUCUUACGCUCACUGUCAUCGCCGUUGAUCGGUACUUCGCGAUAGUCCACGUGUUACGCCGGCCAAUGGGAGUGCGUUCGGUAAUGCGAGCCAUCUGUGCUAUAUGGGUGGUCAGCGGACUCACCUUCAUGUAUGAGUUUUAUCGAAUGCGCCUUGUACCUUAUGGUAAGGACGCCGUGACGUGUACUGUUGUUUGGGGCGUGGACGACCCUGAAACAGUGAACCUUCUCUUUAUGACCGACAUGUUGAUGAAACUGAUAUUCCAUUACGUAUUGCCGCUGGUCGUCAUGAUUAUCGUUUAUACUAUAAUUCUUUUACAUCUUUGGCAACGCAAAGCUCCCGGCGAGCUUAGUGACAAUCACCAAAAGAGGCUCGAACGCCAGAAACGAAAGGUCAUUAAAAUGCUGGUUACUAUAGUGACGGCUUUUGCAGUUUGUUGGUUUCCGGUCCAUUUCAAUCACGUGAUGAUAACAUUCCAUUGGGAGAGGUACCGAUGUGCUCUGCCGAUGGGUGUGAUUAUGGCCUUCUACAUGGUUGCCCAUGCCAACGCUGCAAUCAAUCCAUGUCUUUACCUCAUCUUUAACCAGAACUUUAGAGAUGGAUUUAAACAUAUCUUCAAUAAGAUCCAUCGACGGGAUAUCACGAUUAUCGAGAGGACGUCGACCACUAGAGAUGUGAUCAGUAACGCCACAGCUAUCCCAAACAUUGGUUACCAUCCCUCCACGCCUCAACUGACUCGGCUCAAUGCGUCAUCCUCUGGGGACGAGAUGGCUGACUCUAAACUCUAAACACUAUAAGAUCCAUCCAGCCAGGAAAUGCAAUAAUUAUUGCAAAGGAAGUCUUGAAAAAAUGGACCUAAAAAUGAGGAGACACCAAAGACUAGAAUGACAAGUUCUUUUGAGCAAUAAGUUGGAAGGGUUAAAAGGAACCGGUCUGUGUCGUACUCGAAUGGAGGGGUAACUCGAGAAAACGAGCGAGAGAUACGAACACAUCUAUUUCUCUUAGUAGCCAGUACGUUGGUCGACUUACAAAUAUUUCAUAAAAAAGUUAUCCGAGACAAAGGCAAUAUAGCCUUUGCACCAUCACGUGCCCAUGCCCAUAAUACAGGUUGGACUGCCUGUGGUUAGAUUUCAGAACAAUUGUUGGGUUUCACUCAGUUGAUAAAAGUUUUUGAAUCUCAUUAUCUGCUCCAAAUGGUGGUCAAACACUGACCACCAUGUUCUGUCAACCAGAAAAAGAUUCUAUUGAAAACUUGUGAUUCAGCUGAUGAACAUUCCGCACGAGACAUGAAGUGAAAGCCAGCUAUAUGAUUGUAUUGUUCCUGCCAUCUAACAUGGCUGCCGUCACGUGAUGCUGCAAAACCUCUAUAGGAGCGAGAUAGUUCAUUCCAAGAACCAAGAAUCUUAUUAUUUUUCUCGUCGAAGACAAGGAAGUUAGAGUUGAUAUACAGUCAAUCCAAAAAAUGUUGUCGUCGACCAACUCAAGCCUAAUCGCCUGGACCGAAAGGAUCUCUGGGUGAAGCUGAGUUGACUCUGUAAUUUUAUCUGACUAGUUAUG